UUGAGGUUAUGUCGCACGUGAGAUCACAACAAAAACAUUGGAAUUAGUGUGGAAAAGUGAAAAGUUUAAUUAAUUGCGUAGAUUGAGGUGAAAAGUGAAGGGAAAAUGCCAACUAAAAAGCGACAACCCUUCUACUUCUUCAUGGUGGAGAUGCAGAAGAAGCAUCGGGAGAAGGGAACAAAGUAUUCCCUGCGUGAGAUGCCGGCAAUUGCUGCGCCAUUUUGGGCAAAGAUGACCAAGGAGGAGAAAGCAAAGUAUGAGGCCCAGUCGAAGAGGUACAACGAGGACAGGAGCGGAAGUAGUGACAUUAAGACAUGCCAUGGGAUUGCCUACAGGGAGGUUGAGCAGGAAAAGCGAAGAGCUGCUGAGGAGAGUAGGAAGAUGAAGGAGGAGGUGCGACAGCUCAUCAAUACGGCAAUCCUGGCACAGAAUCUCAGCAGCAAGAUGUACUACGUGAUUCACAUUAACUACUUCUGUGAAUCCAGAGAUUCCAACGGGGAGGUGCGGUAUGAUGCGGCUGAAUUGGCGAUUUUGGACUUUUCCUUGGAGGAUGGGGUGAAGCAUGGCAUGCACACGGUCAUUAGGCUCGAUGAGCUGCCCUAUGGGUACACUUUUGAGGCAUCCUACCACACGGAGAAGACUCACAUGCUGCCCCUGCCGCCGAAGACAAUAGGCUGCAGCACAAUUGACGAUGCCGUGGAGGAAGUUUUGAGAUUCAUAAACAUGGAUGAGGAUGUUUGCCCACCGAUCUUCACGUCGGACCUUGAUCUCCCCAUUGUCCGGAGUGUCUUCCGCGAGGUACUCCAACGGCUCCCGACAAAGCACCACGAUGUACGCAUUUAUUCCCUCUCGGAGCUUCUUUUCAAUCUCAAGAACGUCACGCACGGACAAACAGCCUCAGCCGUCACACAGCCUCCCUUUGCAUCCGUCUACCUGGCUGAGUGCUACCUCGCACGGGGAACAUUCGACUUUGCCGAGGGGCUUCCGUGUCAGUUCCAUCAGGAAGUUGAUCGCGUGACGCACUGCUCACAGACAAAGGUCAAAGGUUGGGCAUUCUCCGUCAUUCACAGCUGUGCUCCGGAUUUGGGGAUUCAAUUUGUUGAGGGAAAGCACGAACCGGAGAGUGCUAUGAGUGAACCAACGUACGUAAAGCCUCAGGAUGAAUCAUUCACAUCAGUUGCUGGAUUGAUGUCUGAAGCUGAUCGUUUGAAGUACUUCAGCAUCUUGCCGUCCACGGAUACGAGCUUCCUGGACAACUUCAAGGAUCUCUCAAUUGCCAACACCAUCAAUACGGAUGACUUCCCACUCUUGCGGGACUUCAAGAGGGGCAAAGGACGUGGGAAUCUCGUAUAAGUCUCCAAAGACUGUAUCAUUUUUAUUUGGGAAUUAAAAGCCCCCUGAAAACCCCCAAUUAUCAUUGAAAUAAGAGCAUAGAAGUAGCAUAAAUGUAUAUAGCUAAAAGUAUGAAGAAGAAGCUUUGAAGAAAAAAAGCUUCCAAGAGAACUCAGGAGGUCAAAGAAGUUUGUAAUGAAAAUUCUGCGAAUUAAAUGUUCUUCUCAGAUGGCAA